AUGUAAACGGAAACGUCACGAUUGCAAAUUUAACGCAAUCGAACUUUAAAUUCUUCUACUUAUCUCUCUCGUUUAUAGAAUAUUAAUUAUAAAUACGCCUCAGACGUCAUUUCCGCCGAAGAAUCGCCACCAGACGACAACCCGUCCUUUCGUCACGUGACGCGGCCAUCAUCCGGGAUAGCGAAAGGACGAACGGGAGCCGCCAUUUUAUUAGUCGAGCGGCAAGAUGUCGUUGCUACGAAGCCUAAACGCCAGCAGGGCCCUUCUUAGGGCCUCGUCGAGCCUUCAGUCGCGCGGAUACGCCAGCGGUCAGAUGUCUUUCACCUUCGGAUCGCCGUACGAAGUCUACUACAACAAAUCGAGCGUGAAACAAGUGGACGUCCCUUCUUACAGCGGUAGCUUCGGCAUACUUCCCAACCACGUACCCUGCUUGGCCGUGCUCAAACCAGGAGUGGUGACGGUGUUCGAGGAGGACGGAGCCACCAAAAAAUACUUCGUCAGCAGCGGUUCCAUUACCAUCAACGACGACUCGUCGGUCCAAGUGCUGGCCGAGGAAGCGGUGCCGUUGGAUAGACUCGACCCUCAAGCGUGCAGGGAAGGACUUUCCAAGGCACAACAGGAACUUAGCACCGCUACUAGCGAGGAAGCUAAAGCGGAAGCGCAAAUAUCGCUAGAAGUUCACGAAGCUUUAGUCAAAGCCGUCGAGUAAAAAGAAAUGAAGUAAAAAAAUUGUAGAUCAUGGUUUAGUACGUAAUAAAUUAGUUUGUAUCACGUGAUCGGUGUUCGAAACUUCUUAAAAUAAUUGUCGUGUGUGUGUAUUUAAGAAUCGCUUAUCGCAGGUAGACAGUUGGAUAUAAAUACGUAUCUAUCGCUUAGAUAUUGACGAAUGGAUGAAAGGUAAAAUGUUUUUUUCCACCUCCUCUCUCUUCUAUAAAUUCGUUGUGAGUUUUAUAAGUCGAUAAAACCGUAAAUUGUUAAUUCUCUUGUUAAUAAAAUUACGAUAAUUGCUAUAAAA